GGAAGAGUGGUUGGGAAUAAACGAAGAGGAACACGACGAGCAAACGAAGAGUUUUAAAAAAGAAUGGUGAAAAAAGUGUAGCCGACUGCAUUACAUCGAACCAAAAUGGCGCAAUAUUCACCAUCAAACGAAGACAUGAACAGAAGCGAGGAGAAAUCAUCGCCAGUCGAAUUGAACGGAAACGUCGAGAUUUCUUAUCCGAUAUCGAAAUUUCGACAAGCGUUGCCGCAAUUCUGCGCAGUCAGCGCGAAGAAUCUCAUAAUGAUCACUUUUGGAUCUACCCUGGGAUUUUCCACUAUUUUGAUACCGGAACUGAAGAGAGAGGAUUCAGAGAUACCGGUUACCAGGGAGGAAUUGACGUGGAUCAGUAGCCUGAACCUGUUCCUGGUACCCAUCGGUUGCUUCGUGAGCGGUCCGGUGUCGCAGUUCCUAGGAAGGAAACGUACCAUGAUGCUGAUCACCGUCCCGUUCGUAAUAGCGUGGAUCAUUUUCCACUACGCCACCAAUGCCGGGAUGCUGUUCAUCGCGUUGGCCAUAACAGGGUUAACCGGUGGACUCCUCGAGGCGCCCGUGAUGACCUACGUGGCGGAGGUGACGCAGCCCCAUCUUCGCGGUAUGCUUUCCGCCACGUCGAGCAUGUCCAUCAUUUUGGGAAUCUUCACGCAGAUGGUGGGCGGAAAGUUAACCAACUGGAGAACGGUCGCCUUGAUUAACUUGACCUACCCUCUCGUCUGCUUCUUCGCCCUUUGCAUGGUGCCAGAGAGCCCAUAUUGGUUGGCAGCGAAAGGUCGAUUGAAGGAAGCGGAGGACGCUUUGUCCUGGCUUCGAGGGUGGGUUGGUCCGGGUCAAGUGACGUCAGAGUUCCAAACCAUUUGUCAGGAGAUUCAUAAGCCCGCAGACUCGCGACAUAACGUUUGGAAGGACUUCCGCAACAAGACCUUCUACGCGCCUUUCAUUCUGGUCACCUGGUCCUUUUUCAUCGGAUCGUUCGGUGGCAGCAUCACUCUUCAAACCUUCGCUGUGGUCAUCUUCGAACAACUGAACGCGCCCAUCGAACAAUACACUGCCGCGGUGAUACUUGGCCUGGCCCAGCUGAUCGGGACAUUGAUCUGUGUUUUCGCUAUACAUUUCACCGGCAAACGGAAGCUGAACUUCCUCUCAAUCGCCGGCACUGCUCUCUGCUUCUGUUUUGCGGCCGUUUACGGCUAUCUCAACGACAGUCGUAUAGUGGACACACAUAAUUACACCUGGAUUCCAACUACAUUGAUGAUCGGAUCUGCGUUCCUCUCUCACGUCGGGAUUAGGCUGCUACCUUGGAUCCUUGCGGGAGAAGUCUUCCCUGUCAAGGUACGAAGCAGUGCGACAGGAGCUGCAGGUUCCAUCGGUUACAUUUUCAACUCUAUCGCGAACAAGGUCUUCCUGUAUAUGGUGGACGGGAUGUCGUUGCCUGGCACGUUCUUUUUCUACGGGAUGAUAAACGUCGCCGGCGGCGUGCUGCUCUACUUCAUACUGCCAGAAACAGAGGGUAGAACCUUAAAGGAGAUCGAGGACCACUAUGCCGGCGUGCAGAGCUUGAAGAACAAACCCAAAAAAGAGGACUUGCCCAUGAAAGAGAAAUGGGCAGCUACGAAUCCAGCUGUGAUUUAUGAUGACACGGAGAGCAAAAUGUGAAACGUAGAUAACUAGGUUAAAGAUGGCUGUUAAAUCCCUGGAUGGAUUCGAAGAGUUUCGGAAGGGAUGCAAAUCAACGAUGUCGUUGGAAGUUUCUCGUUCGUCUUAACAGUGAAACGAAACUGUAUCGAUCUAACUUUAUCAGCUUGUCGACUUACAAAGAUACUUGGUAAGAGAAAAAAAUAUGUAUUUUUGUAUUCGUUUUUAUGACGCUAGAUGAGACAGAGUAUGUUACUAUGUUUCAUGUGAUCAGUAAUAGUUGUUUUUAUUGUAAAUAAACGAUUCCAUGAUGUAUUUUUGAUACUGAUGCAAAGGGAAACGCGAUCCAUCCGAUUGUGUUCCUACGAUGUAUUAGUCUUCCGUUAUUUUCGAGAUGUAUUACAUUGAGAAUUAUUAGCAAUAAUACUUUGUAAUAAACAAACUGUUUCGCAGAAGUAUUCAGCUAGAUUUCGCUUAGAAAUUGUAUUAACCGCCAACAUCUAAAAUAUUCCACGCGUAAAUUACGCGCAUUCUGUAAUAAUUUCGCACUGGCCUUAAAUUUAUCCUCCAUCCCUAAAGCGAUGAAAUGAAUACGCUUAAUUUUUAUCGUAACAGUGAUUAAUUUUUCAGAAAUUUUACAAAGAAAGAUCAAGUUUAACCGACAAAAAAAAAAACUAUGAUAUUCGAAGUUGAACCGGAACAAAUAAUGUUUGUAAUUUUUAUUUUUACAGUUUACGAUACAGUGCCAUAUAUUUAUACACUCACAAUGUCAUCUACAACCAAUUACAGAGUAUCACAGUUUAAAUUCCGCCGGAGUGAUGUACGCCUGGCUUACGAGCAGAAUUUUUUGCUUCAACUUCGACCUUCCUCCGUCGUCGGCGUCGCGGCUGUUUUUGUUUCUCAUUGUUCGCUGUAGUCUUGAAAUAUUGAUCGACCACCUUCGGGAAAUUUUCUUGGUGUAGAAUGUUCAAGUAAUUGACAAUUCUAUCGGGCAACCGCGGCACUUUCAGGUUUUGCGUCGCGAGCAUUCUCCGUCUUCUCCGUCUUCUGAUUUUCUUCGACGGGCCGUGAGCGCUUUCACAUUUCCUUAAACUACAACAGGAAAUUACGUUAUAACAGUGCCAUUAUAAUUAUUCACACUUUUAUUUAUAUUUGCUUCACUUGAAAAGGAAAAAAAUCAAGCGAACGACUGAUAAUAAAUAAUCAAGUUAAUGACCGAAACAGAAUUCCUGUUCCCCGACAAAUACUACGAGAGCUCAAACUAAAAUGUUCUUAUCGAUAAUUAUUGGCGACAGAAAUAGAAUUUCCUUGAUCGAUAACGGUGUGUAGGAAACGAACAAAUUUGUCUGUUCGUCUUUUUAUCGCGUGUUUUUUUUUUAACAUUUCAAGUUGAGCUACUCUGUGUCCAGUUCUUUUAUUUAUAUAAACUAUAUUCCACCUGAGAUUCGAUUUUCCAAUCCUGUGUCCAGAUUGUGCUCGUUUCACAAAUCGUUUUUGGCAAUUACCUUCCAACUCUAGCACAUGCUUCUCCCCCAAGUAAAUGAUAUCGUGUCUAUGAGGAUUGCGAUGGGACAUAUUUAAACGGUCAAUUUAACGCGUGGAUACACAAUUAUAAUCAAAUCAAUGACAAUUUCUUUCGAAAUUUAUACGCAAUCAUGUCAAGAUGCGAACCGAGUAAAUAAUUAUAAACAAUUCUGGUUGUCAUGGUUGUCUACAUCUAUCGAAUAUAGAACUAUCCGA